UUUGUUAUAUCAUAGGACUUUCUAAAGUUCUUGAGUAGUUUAAACGUUCAAAAUUAGGUUUGUGCUCAGUUUAAGUCGCAUCAAGGUUCAAAUCUUUAGCAUUUCACCACUGAAAUUGUCGUUGCAUGUUUUGGUUUGUUUGGUUGCUACAUCAAUCAAAUGAUGGCGCUUCUCAUCGGCGGCCAAACCUCCACCCAAGACUUCCCAGCGCCGCUCGGUUCGGACGAGUCCAUUUCAUCUAAGGGUGACACAAUGCCCCAGACUGGUCUGAGCUAUGAGAGGAGAGAGCAUCACAGCAGCUGGAGCACCAAGCGCCUGGUCAGCAAAGACAGCAGAAGCGCAGGUCUGAUAAACGGCGUAGGUGUUCGAACCAGCGAGACUGCAGCCGCUCGCUCACUGUACGCUCCCACACCUCCAUGUGGACCUAAUAGUUAUAUUAAUAACAAGAGCAAAGGUACAAAAAGAAAACCUUCAUCUGCCGCCAAUGAACUGGCAGCCGGGCGUGCAGGCGGCGUGUUGGACGUUGGUGUGACCGGGGUAAACGGCGUUGCUCAUUCCCACGAGUUUGAUCGCGGGAAACCGGAUCACUGCCCUUUAAUAACCUCAACGCACCACGGAGGAAGGAAGACCUUUAAACACAAGAAUAAGGCGAGGAAAUGUGAAUUUACAUCAGCAGUCACCCCAUCCAAAGAGGAGGAAAACUGGGAAAAUGAUAUCCAAGACGUCCGUCUCCAUAACUGGGAAAAGAUGUGUUUUGGAGUUAACCCUUAUGGUCCUGAGGAGUUGCUCCACUUUGCUGUGCGGGGUACGACUCUCACGCAGAGGGUCGCCGGGGAGCUGCCAGCAACAAUCGACUACAACCCAAAGGUGCACCACCCGCACCCCAUCAAGUGGUCCUGCUACAGCGUUCCCUCAGAGCCAGAGCAGUUUGCAGACGCUGACGACUGAGCGUUUGCUGCCAGACAUGGCUGUCAAUACUCUCAAACAAAAAGAGGCUGCUUGCACAUGGUUAUUCCACACUAGUUAAUGGUUUAACUUCCAUACAAAAAUUAAUUUCAUUAGUUGAGUUUGAGUAUUAAGUAACAUGAUGCUGUUUUUGAGGCUAAUGCUGUAAUAUAGAAACUUAAGUUCAGGAAAGUUUGUUUCCAAGUUUUAUUUUGAAAUGCUUUACAUUUUUUAUUAGCGGCUAAACUAAUAAUAAAGCGUUUGUGCUGUUUAGGUCUUAAUAUUUUAGUUACUUUCCCAUAUUUAGAUGGACUUCUGUGUUCCCUUGCAGGUACUGUUUUGUAAAAACAAUAAUUUUAUUUGUACUUAAAUUUUUUAAAGUAAUGUUUCAAAGAGCUGUAAAGCAGUUUUAAUAUUUUGAGUGGGUUGAAAUACUUCGAUUGAUAAAAAUCAGUUGACUAUUUGUUAAUUAACUGCAUUUCUUUUAUUGAAAAUAUUCUUAAGGUAUUAUAUAAAGAAUCAUAGAAAAAAAUAGUGAUUUGAUUUUGUGAUCGCAUUCAGCAACGUUCAUACAAAAAUUAUGCCUUUUUUUCCUAACAGAAUUAUUUUAUUUAUUUUUAUUUUCACAACUGCAAUAAAUCAGCUGCUGUUCUAGGUUUUUGUGCAUUUUUCCUUUUUACUAUAAGUUCUUCUUUCAAAGGAGUUGUGUGUGCCCAGUUCUGUUUACGAUGCACCUCUGCCAUGUAUUCAGACAAAAUAAGAGUUUUUUGGGCCUAAAUGUUAGUUAAAUCCUUGCACUAUUAGAGGGAAGUUGCAGCUUUUGACCACUAGAUGUCAGAGUUAUUCCAAAAAAUCCAGCCACUGAGCUAUUUCUUCACAACUUGGGGAGUUCAAUGGGUUCAUUCUGGAAGAAUUGGAGGACACAAGCUCUUACUUGCACCCUUGUAGUAACCUCAGUUUGAGGAUGGGGUUGCUGGAGUCAAAUAACCAAAAAUAUGAAAAAGAAAAAUGUAUAUUUGCUACAGGUUUGUUAGGGGAAAUUGUUGUGCUACUCUUUUUUUUUAAUGCUUUUUUCCCCCGUAGUAUGUGAGAAAUGCUGCAACAUUAGAGGAGUCAGAAUCAAAGCGCUGAAGUAGCUUUGAUUCAUAAACUCCUUUGUUGACAGAGGGAAAUAUGAUGACAGGAAUAGAUGACAGUACUGCUGUGCUUUUUGUGGAGUUGGCAAAAAAAGAUGUUUAAAGAGAGAGGAAAAAAAAUCACUUAGUGGAUCUUACUGAACAGAUUGAGCCUCACACUGUGAAAUAAAAGGGUUUUUAUUCGUUGUAUUGAGGGUUAAAGAUGUGCUUGCAGAAGAGGAAAGUGUUUGGAAACUUGUGAGUGAUGUGAAUCCAUCUGUGAAAGUAAAUAAUUCUUUAUUUUUUUCUCCUUCCACUAAUCAUCCCUAAAAAAGGAAGGAAUAAUUACCUUGUAAAAGUAGAAUUCAUGGCAUUGGCUAGCAUAAAAAUUUACAGGUGUGCACAUUAACCUGGUUAGCGAGUGUGAAUGCAUUGGCAUGCUUUGAGGAUUUUUCUUUGGCUGACGAUGCAAGCUUGUUGGUCUUUGUUAGAUAAACGCAGGCGCGGCUGCUCGUCUCAGCGCCUGCAGAAAUGUGGCGGUUAUUUGACCCAAAGCUGAGCAUCACUUUGAAUUUGCUCUGUCUCUGCAAACUUGUCUUGACCUGAAACAAAAAAAUCGACUCAAUGGCAGAAUUCCCAUAUGCCGUGUCUUUGAUCCUGUAAAUAUUUGGGUCUGUGAAUAAACGAGAAAAAAAAAAAGUUUUAUUAGUUUGAA